AUGAGUAGUCGGCAGCGAGAUAAGUAUCGUAAAUUUGAUUCAGGCCACCAAAAACGACAGAAAAAACAAAACCUUGAAAAAAAUCUAAAAAAGCAACGUGGAGCGUUAGACAAAUUUGUUUUUUCUUCAGAUACUCUGGAGAGAGUAGCUGAAGAACAGAAUGAAAUUGAAUGUUAUGAAGAAGAGUUAAUAUUGGAAGGUGAUACAGAGCAACCCUGUUGUUCCAAAGAAUUUGUGACUCAAAAUAGUAUUGAGAUAGUUGAAAAAUCUAGUGACUUAACAAUAAUUAAUAAUGAAAAAAUAAUGAACGAGAUCAAAGAAGCAGAAAUAAAUUUUAGUGAUCCAGAUCAGUGGCCAUCAGUCCUUAACCCAUGA